AAUGCAAUCUAUUUUAUGACUAGUAAUCUAAUUGGGUAGCUUGAUUUUGAUCGACCUUUUCUGAUUGGAUAAGUCUAUAUUGAUGAUUGUCUUUUAUUAAGAGUGUCUCUUUUGUGUGUGCGAAAUCAAACCACUGAGAAGUGCACUAAACGUCCAAAGCUUAUUUCAUUGUCGUCAUCGAUGUAUAUCCUGAAGUUAGAAGCAGGUCUGUUUUAUCAACGAAUCUAUGAUAAUUGUUCGAAUUAGUCCUGCUCACCUGUGGCUUGAGGGGAUCAAAGCAAAUGAGAUAAUUAGAAAAGGGUGUGUUUCGUACUUUAUAAUGUACUAGGUGGCUUUGAUGAGGAACGCCGGCGGAAGAAUCGAUACAUAAGCAGCUCACUCAGAAUUACCGUAGUAGUACGCUAAUCCCGACUUUUAAUAACACCAUUUAGGAGACGCUGCGAGAGAUGGGAUAACAGAGGAUAACGCCUUUCAUGUUGCUCCUCUAAAAAGCUUUUAUAAUACGUGUUUGUCAAAUUAGGUUGAGGAUUGAUGCGAUUAUCUAAGUAGACAACAACAUGUCUUCGACAGAAUUGGGAAAUUAGGCGAUAUCCAAUUGCACUCCACGGAGAUAAUAGCUUAACAUUAGAUCAACGACAAGAUUUAGGAAUAAAUAGAUAACAUAUUUUAUUUCUGGUGCUUUCUGAGAUUAACUUAGCACUAAUGGGAAGGAAUUGGAACAAAUAUGCAAAAUAUGAUUUCUUUACUAUAACGACGAUAAGACACUAAACCCGAUAGAUCAUUCACUAGAAAAAUUCACGACGAUAAAUUUGCGUGUUUUACAAAAAAACGGAAACAUUUGAAUAACAACAGGUAAUUUGAACUGAUGUUAUAAUUAAUAAUUUAGGUAUAGACUUCAUCGAGGAUACUUUCCAUUAUCUCGUCUUUGUCCUAGUAAUAUGGACGACACUCCCUUGAAACGAACAGACAGCGAAGUCGCUAUUGCGAGAAAAGAAGCUGUCAAAGAAACCGCAGAAAUGGCCUCGAAGAAAGAAAAGGAUGAAUACAACGCUCAUAAAAAGAAAGCCGUAAGAAAUCCAGAGAUUAAAAAACACACUGAUGUCGAGAAUAAUUCAGAAAAUAAAAAGGGGGAAAGCAAAACACGGCACGAUGGUAAAGAUCUUCCCAAGAAAGCAACUUCCAUAAAACAUGGUGCAAAAUCAAAAACUAAAAAAUGCGAUGAUGAAAUAAUCACGCGCGACCCUAAAGAACACCAGAAACGGACAGUAGCCGAACGUAAGAAACGCAUGGAACUUGAUGAUAGGUUAAUGGCUCAAGAACUUGCCUGUCAACAAUACUUUGUAGACCCAGUUAUGACAUUAGAGUAUCCCCCAAUGCGAAACCGACGAGUACGUGUUUCAAAUGGAACUAGGGAACUCUUACAAAACAAACAAAACUACUUCACAAUUGUAAAACUGAUGACGUUCACUGGGGUGCCGUUCUUUGUCAUAAACUGUGUCGCUGGAAUCGAACAGUCGGCGUUCUGGUGGUUGUGCCAUGGUUUUCUGAACGCGCUCAUUAAUCUUUCCAUAGUUGCAACUAUUACAUUAGCGCUUCAACGGAACAUGCUAAAACUCCAAAAAUUUAGUUUCUUUAUGUGUUGCAUCUCCAUAGGAACCUCCUUAUUAGCAGUUGUGAUCAGUAGUAUUGGGAUGUCUUUAGAUCGCAUCCAGAUUAUCACAGGAAUAGAAUGUAAUGACCCUUAUAUCGUUAUAAAAGGCUUUGCUUGUAGGAAUUACACUGACCCUGUAACGCACACGUUGGAAUACGAGGCGGUUAGGGUUGGUUACAACUCGAAACAAUCCAUGAACCUCGCCCUUGUUGUCCUUGGACUUGCUCAAAUCAUGCUCAACAUAGGAGCCAUUCUAACUGGAAGAACUUUCAUUUUCGAUCUUGAUGACGACAACUCAGAUCUCGAGGAAUGAUGCUUUUACUUGUUAUUUGCAUGUAUACACUCAUACUGGCUGUUGUUCGUGUAUUAGUGAAUGAAAGCAUUAACGUAAUCGUAUACCUACAUAAAAC